AUGAAGACAAACGGAGUACGCUGGUCAGACCCAAUCUACCAGCCACAGAGAAAACUCAAGGUCGUUUGCAUUGGUGCAGGAGCAUCUGGUCUCUUGUUGGCCUACAAGGUCCAGAGACAUUUCGACAACUUUGAUCUUGUAGUGUACGAGAAGAACGAGGAUGUCAGUGGCACCUGGUUUGAGAAUAAGUACCCAGGAUGUGCAUGCGAUGUUCCCAGCCACAACUACACCUGGUCCUUUGAACCCAAAGCAGAUUGGUCCGGAACUUACGCAACAUCUGGAGAAAUCUUCGACUACUUCAAGCAAUUUGGCAUCAGACAUGGAUUAGAGAAGUACAUCAAGCUUCAACACACCGUGGUCGACGCCAAAUGGAACGAGCAAGAGUCCAUGUGGCAUGUCACUGCCCUCAACACUGUCACUCAAAAGACAGUCACGACUACUUGUCAUGUACUCAUCAAUGCUGCGGGUAUUCUCAACGCCUGGAGAUGGCCUGCAAUUCCCGGCCUGCAAGAUUACAAGGGCAAGCUCUUGCACAGUGCAGCAUGGGACACCACGACCGACUUGCGAGGCAAGAACGUCGGUCUCAUUGGCAACGGAUCAUCAGGAAUUCAAAUCCUACCUGCAAUCCUCGAUCAGGUCAAGAGCUUGACAACAUUCAUCAGAGAGCCGACAUGGGUUGCCCCUCCUCUUGGUCAAGAACCCAAGAAGUACACACAGGAAGAGAUCCAACAGUUCAAAAACGAUCCUCAACACCAUCUGGAUACGCGCCGCGACAUCGAGAAGAGCUUGAGUGGCUCUUUUGGCACAUUCUUCCGCGACUCUGAAGAACAGAACAUGACCAAACAAUACAUGCAAGGACACAUGGAGUCACUGCUCAACAACCGUGAGCUGUUCGAGAAGCUUGUCCCAGAGUGGAGUGUUGGAUGCCGCCGUAUCACCCCUGGUAUCGGCUAUCUCGAGGCUCUCAACUCUGAAAAGGUUAAGGUCGUUUAUGGUGCAAUCACCAAUGUUAGUAGCAAAGGACCCAUCAUCGACGACGGCAGCGAACACCCUGUCGAUGUUCUUAUUUGUGCAACCGGAUUCGACACUACCUUCAAGCCAAGAUUCCCGCUUGUCGGUAGAUCAGGCAAGGCGCUGGCAGAUGUCUGGAAAGAUGAGGCUCGCGCUUACCUUGGUCUCGCCGUCAACGACUACCCCAAUUACUUCAUGACCCUUGGACCAAACUGCCCAAUUGGCAACGGACCUGUUCUGAUCGCCAUCGAGGCCGAGGUUGAAUACAUUGUCAAGUUCCUCUCCAAGUUCCAGAAGGAGAACAUCAAAUCAUUCGAUGUCAGACAGGAGCCAGUAGACGACUUCAACGACUACAAGGACGCAUACAUGGAGGGUACAAUCUGGUCCGAAGAGUGCAAGUCCUGGUACAAGAAUGGCAACGCAAAAGGCAAGAUCGCCGCAUUGUGGCCUGGAAGCACACUCCACUACCUCGAAACCCUUGCCGAACCCCGUUACGAAGACUGGAAGUUCACCUAUGACCGCGCCGUCAACCGAUUCACAUACCUUGGCAAUGGUUUCAGUACCUCGGAGAAGCGCACUGGAGAUCUGUCCUAUUACAUUCGUAACAAGGAUGAUUCUCCUAUCGAUCCUUGUUUGAAGGGACAAAACGGUGAUACCCGUGGUCAGAAGAUCGCAGCUGUUGGAGAGACUGUAGCAAAGCUGUAG